AUGUGGCAUCAUUUCCAGACCAACAUGCCAUAUCCAGCUGGAGCUAGACCAGAGGGUGUUCCAGCCCCUAUUGCGGUGGACUAUCUGCCUUUGAUACGUGAACUUCGGAUGAUGGAGAUCGCGAGCCACCAUCUAUUUGGAGAGGCCCUUCACUGGUGGGAGGAAGUGGUUCGUGAGGCUGCACCUGAUCAUCAGUUUACUUGGGAGGAGUUCAAGGCACAAUUGGAGGAGAAGUAUUGCCAGAAAGGAGACCAGGAUCACCGUAUUGUGGAGUUCCUCCACUUAGAGCAGGGUGAUCGUACCCUACCUGCUUAUGAGGCAGAGUUCACUCGUCUCCUGCGAUACGGGUCACAUUUGGUGCCGACUGAGAAGCUGAAGAUCCAGAAGUUUGUGACUGGAUUGCGACCUUAUUUGCGUAGACGGAUAGAGAUCCAGGAGUAUCCUAUGUUGAGUAGGUACAUGACUCAGCUGCAUAAGUUGGAGAGGAGAGAACAAGAGGAGCAGCAAGAGGAGAGGAAUCGAGACAGCAGUCCCAUGAGGCGCAUUACGUUCACUCGCCCCUCUUCGAGUUCAGGACAGAUGAUGCAGCCCCGUGAUAGGGGAAGAGUACCAGCGGUUCACCCUACGGCUCCAUCGCCACCGGCACUGCCAGGACCACGCAGAUCUUGUCCACGGUGUGGACGAGAUGAUGUUGGACCAUGUCGUUCAGGGUAUACUUAUUACCGUUGUGGUCAACCUGACCAUUUCGCUAACCAGUGUACCGGGAACGUCGCUACCUCUGGAUAG